GCAUGUUCUACCUUCAUGGACAGUUCGUAAGCACGCGUGAUAAGAAAAGACAGAAUCUAGGUGAGCCGGUUGGGGGCCAGAACCAAGAGACGGAUUGCUGCGCGGACGACUGUAUAUUCUUGGGCUCCGUGCCUUACCCUACCAACUCGGACCUGAACUUUAUGCUUUUCGUCGGGUCGUGAGGCAUCGUCAAUGGCUACUUGAAACCUCAGUCACUGGCCGAGGCAUUCACUCUUUUGCCAAUCCAGUCAUUUCACUGGCCAUGCAUCUCUCCUCCACCUUCAUUGCUGGUCUCUUGCUGGCCAGCGCCGAAGGCGUUCUCGGCGGCAGUAGGUUCUGGGAGGCGAAAGCACCAAACAAACGCACAAAUCCUAGCCCGGACUACGCAGCAAUCGAGACUCUCAACGCGACGUCGCGGCUCGUCAAACGCGCUAUCUCCAUUGAAAACCGAGCAGACGACAACUCGGUGUCGCGCAUCUGGCCGAACAAGAAGAUCAAGUACUGCUUCGAAGACAAAGAUGAGAACACCAACGUCAUAAUACGCGGUCUGUGGAAACAGGCCAGAGAUCUAUGGGCUCCACUGAUAAGACAUGGCUUCUCCUACGAGGAGGUUUCGGAUAGCGUCUGCGAGUCGCAGCGCAGUACCGUCUUACGCAUUCACUACAACGACAAGGGUAGACUCGCUUCAACGCUAGGCAUACCCAACAUUGACGAGGCGGCCAACGAGGCGGACCCCGAGAAUGCCAUUGUAGGGCCGUACACUCACCUUUCUGAUACGGAGGGUAUUGGCCAGGACGACAUCGCCGCCAAUGUUGCCCACGAGCUCGGUCAUGUCUGGGGUUUGCUUCACGAGCAUCAGAACCCUUACUACUGGCGUGUGAGCCCUUCGGACAGUGCAAACGGCUGGAGUUUUCCUUCGGUCAAGGGCGCUACAACCCGCUUCCAGACGAGCGGCUUCAACUGCCAGAGUCUCAAGGACCACGACACAGCACACGCGAGUGUGCGGACCAAGAUCGCUACAGCCAUUGCGGAUGGCAACAGACCGCUGCAAGUCCAGUUGGAGACCGACCUUUCCCGUCUCUGCAUCUCCCAGGUGGUUGCCGGCAAACACAAGUUCAGUGCUGCCGAGUGGCUUCCUCUGCCGAAUACCGUUCAUCUGGUUGCGGACGAUCAAUUCGAUCCAGACUCGCUCAUGAUGUACCCCUCCGGUGCCGGUGGCACUGGGUCCGGGGAUGGCCGUGCCCAGGUCAUGGUGUACGAAAACAACGACCCCAUUCCCAAUCGCCUAGCUCCUAGCGGCAUGGACGUUGACCGUCUGAUUACGCUCUACGGCACUCCAGCCUCUUCGACGACGGGCGAGCCGUACACUUCGAAAUCAAGCAAGGUCAGAUCCGGAUUCAAGAAAGCCAGGAGUAUGCUUUUCCGUGCUGGUGACACAAAAGCUGGGCUAUGCUAGGAGACAGAGUGGGACAAAUAUGCACAAGUGCAUGGCAAUUUUAUGUAGUCUUUUUUCACCU